AUGGCCAAGGAGAGCGGCAGCUACAAGUUUGAGGGCUGGGUGGCCCUCGACCCUUCUUCGGCCGAGGGCAAGAUGGUCUGGCAGGAGUACGAGCCAAAGGCGUGGGAGGAGUCGGACGUUGACAUUCAGGUGACGCACUCGGGCAUCUGCGGCUCCGACCUGCACACGCUGCGGUCGGGCUGGCGCCCAACGCCGUACCCGGUCGUCGUCGGCCACGAGAUUGUCGGCACCGUCGUCCGCGUCGGCUCCAAGGCCGAGGGCGGCUUCCAAGUCGGCGACGUCGUCGGCGUCGGUGCCCAGGCGGACGCCUGCCUCGGCCGCGACGGCCACACGUGCCGCCAAUGCACGACGGGGAACGAGAAUUACUGCGCCGACAUCGUGCCGACGUACGCCGGGAAGCACCGGAACGACGGACCGGCCCACGGCGGCCACGCGCGCUACCACCGCUGCCCUUCGCACUUUGUCUUCAAGAUCCCCUCCGGCCUCGCGCCCGAGCUCGCGGCGCCGAUGCUCUGCGGCGGCGUCACCGUCUACUCGCCGCUGAAGCACUUUGGCGCCGGCCCGGGAAGGCGGGUCGGCGUCGUCGGCGUCGGCGGGCUCGGACACUUUGCCGUGCUGUUUGCCAAGGCGCUCGGCGCCGACGAGGUCGUGGGCAUCUCGCGCAGGGCCGAAAAGCGCAAGGAUGCCCUCGAUCUGGGCUGCGACGACUACAUUGCGACGGCCGACGACGAGGACUGGCCGGCCAAGAAUGCACGGCGGCUCGAUCUCAUCAUCAGCACGGUGUCGUCCAAGACGGCUCCCACGGAGAAUGGUUGGGCUGACGGCGUCGACACGCAGAUGCCCCUCAACGACUACCUCAAGCUGCUCGACAUUGACGGCACCUUUGUCCAGGUGGGCCUGCCCGAAGACAGGGUGCCGCUCUCCUUUUUCAGCAUCAUUCCCCGGCGGCUCCGCAUGGCCGGUUCCGGCAUCGGGUCGCCCGAGGAGAUUCGGGAGAUGCUGCAGCUCGCGGCCGACAAGAAGGUGCGGCCGUGGGUGGAGGAGCGGCCGAUGAAGGAGGCCAACCAGGCCAUUGUCGACAUGGACGCCGGCAAGGCUCGCUUCCGGUAUGUGCUCGUCAACUGA